UAAGGUUGGUAGAAGUGAGUCUAGUCACUUUUAUACCGAUACUGAAGUGCCAGAGAUGGUAAAGUGUCUAAUAGAAAAUGUCAUAUUAUUUUCGCAAUAGGUGAUCGUAUAUCCUCGCAAACAAGGAAUCGAUCAAUAUGCCGAAGAAAUUCGUGGGUGAGAAUAGUAAGGCGGUUGCCGCCCGAGCUAGAAAAGCGGCAGCCAAAGAAGCCGAAAAUAUAAAAAAAGCAAUGGAAGCUGAAGAUAAGGCCUGGGAAGAUAAUGAUAAACAGUUAUUAAAGAAAAACAAAAGCAAGUACGAAGAACUAGAAAAGAAACGUCAACAGCAAUUAGAAAAAAAAGCGGAAGCUAAAGCUCUGCUUGAAAAAGAAAUGUCAACUAUAAAAGUCGGUGGCAAACAGCCAGCGUCCAAAGUUACUAGAGCUGAAAUUGUUUCUAUUACUGAAAAACGAAAUCAAGUGGCCAUGAAGAAGAAAGAAGAGGAGAAACCAAUUGAAGAAAAUUUAAAUAGAAUAACUUUGGAAGGUGAAACAGCUCACGGUAUAGAUGAAGCUAUAUCUAUUUUAAGUACAAAGGAUCCUGAAAUUGAUCGACAUCCGGAGAAACGAAUGAAAGCGGCAUAUACAAGCUUCGAAGAAAAAAUGAUGCCGAUUAUUAAAGAACAAAAUCCUACCUUGAGAUUGAGUCAGUUAAAACAGAUACUUAGAAAAGAAUGGACAAAAUCUCCUGAGAAUCCGCUUAAUCAGAAAUUUGAAUAAUUGAUAAUGAUAUCAAAUGCGCUCGGUAUUUGCGCACAUCACUGACUGAUUAAUUAUUUAAUCUAAAUGUUACAUUUAGGUUCUAAAUAAUAAUUACUGCAACAAUAUAAUCAGCUGUAUACAAUUUUAUUUGUAAAAACAAA